UGGCUGCGUGUCCAGCCCACGGGACUUCCCUGGCGCGCGCCAUGAGUCAUGCCGACCCCGAGACCUGGCGCGCCCACUCGCCGUGGACUGAAGGGCGGAGGUCAGGGCUGGGCAAAAGCCGAGCUGGGCUCAGUCCACCCUGUGGUUCGAGCUUAAACAGAGUCUAGCUUCAGAGAACCUGCUCCAGCCAGUUACAAGCCCGCUCCGCCUCCUGCGCAAACCCGCAAAGCUAGGCCCCAUGCUGCGCUGUCAGAAGCCCACUCCCCCUGGCCUCCUGGAAUGGUGCUCCCCGUCAGAGCAGGACCUGCAGGGACCCCAGGGUCUGCCCUUGACACUUGGUGAUGUCUGCUUGUGGCCACACGCCCGCUUGCCUCUAUCAGACACUGAGCCAGCAGAGCCCAGAACCCGGGACAGAAGUGUGUGAAGUGCAAGGAAGGCCUGCCUGUGGUGGUGAUCCGGGCUGGAGACGCCUUCUGCAGGGACUGUUUCAAGGCGUUGUACGUCCACAAGUUCAGGGCCAUGCUGGGGAAGAACAGGCUGAUCUUCCCAGGAGAGAAGGUGCUCUUGGCGUGGUCUGGGGGGCCUUCGUCCAGCUCCAUGGUCUGGCAGGUCCUUGAGGGCCUGAGUCGAGAUUCUGCCAAGAGGCUGCGUUUCGUGCCAGGGGUUAUCUACGUUGAUGAGGGAGCCACCUGUGGCCAGAGCCCCGAGGACAGAGCAAAAACUCUGGCGGAGGUGAAGCUGGUCCUGCAGACCACUGGCUUCCCGUGGCACAUUGUGGCCUUGGAAGAGGUGUUCAGCCUGCCACCCUCCGUGCUGCGCUGCUCUGCCCAGGAGCCACUGGGGACGGAGAGCGCCUACAAGGCGGCCGUGGACAGCUUCCUGCAGCAGCAGCACGCACUGGGCGCCGAUGGGGUGGAGCGGCAGAGCCAGCACUGCGCCCAGGACCCCCACAGCCCCGCUGGGCCACCCACGACUGCCCAGACCCAGGCAAUGUCCAGGUUGUUUGACUCAGUGAAGACACUCACGGCCAAGGAGGAACUUCUGCAGACCCUGCGGACCCACUUGAUUCUCCAUGUGGCCCGGAACCACGGCUACUCCAAGGUCAUGACGGGGGACAGCUGCACCCGCCUGGCCAUCAAGCUCAUGACCAGCCUGGCGCUGGGGAGAGGGGCCUUCCUCGCCUGGGACACGGGCUUCUCAGACGAGCGACAUGGCGACGUGGUGGUGGUACGGCCCAUGCGUGAGCACACGCUGAAGGAGGUUGCCUUCUACAACCGCCUGUUUGCCGUGCCCUCCGUCUGCACACCGGCCCUGGACACCAAGGCACCCGAGAAGGCCAGCAUCCACCGGCUGAUGGAGACCUUCAUCCUCAGACUGCAGGCCCAGUUCCCCUCCACAGUUAGCACCGUGUACAGGACAAGCGAGAAGCUGGUCAAGGCCCCCAGGGACGGCUGUGUCGCCGGCCCCCGCUGCCUGCUCUGCAUGUGCACGCUGGACGUCGACACCGCUGACAGUGCCACGGCUUUUGGGGCUCAGACCUCACAUCUACCCCAGAUGCAGCCCCCUGUCACACAGGCCGGGGUGGCUGCCGGGCCCUGCUGCUGUGCUGGAAUGGGUGGGGGCCCCGGCUGCUACAGGGGGGAGGACCCCCGGGCCCAGGUCAUGGAGCAGCUGUGCUACGGCUGCCGAGUGAACAUGAAGGACUUGCCCUCCUUGGAGCUCUUGCCACCCUAUAUCCUGUCUGAGGCCCAGAUCCGCAGCCAGAGGGCCACAGCCGAGCAGGAGGUCCAGGAGUACCUGCUGGGGGACAGCGAAGACGAGGCCAGGACUAGCGAGAGCUGAGCUCGCGGACCAGCGCCGGGGACAGGAGAC